GUCGCAGUCACUCAGUUGCUUACAUUCACAUCACAUCACACGUGCCUGCCUGCCUGCCCAAUGCUUCACGCACUGUAUUAAAUGCUGCAAGACUAGUCGCCCACUCCCAAUACAAACAGAUGAAUCCUCCCGUCUUGAUACUCCCUGCCCCUCUCAUCCAGCACAAGGUGCUCCUUCUGCCGCAGACCCGCACCUCUCACCGCACCGACGAACACGUCAGCGUGCACGUCAAACCUCAGCCGAUGCGCCGCUACCAGUACUCUCCCUGUGCCGUCCGUCUUCACCAAUCGGCUGACCGUGUCAAUCAAGGGCCCACAGACACUCCCGUCCACUCCAUAAAUGACGUCCGCAGCCAAAACCACGUCGAAGGCAUCACGCCACUGCUCCGGCACUCCCUCGCCCCAUAUGAGCCUCUCACACUCGACCACAUCGUUAAUGGCAUUCUCCCUUGCCAAUGCCACCACCGCUGCAUCACCGUCAGUCAGCAGCACGUGAGCAGCGCCCAGUCGCCUUGCAGCAAUCCCAACCAGGCCAAUGCCACAUCCCAACUCAGCCACCCUCUUCCCGCGGACAAAGUACUGGUGCUCGAUAAGGAAAUGCGCCAGUGCGGUAGCGGCUGGCCACAGGACCUUGCCGAUGACGCUGACCUGGCCCUCGUCAGCUGGGAGGCACUGCAGGGAGAUGGGGCCGCCCGGCAGAGAUGGGUUGGUGAAUGUGAAGCGCUCCAAAGAUGUCUGGGGGAAGAAGAGGUGCUGCAGGGAGUCAGAGGAGCCGCCCGUCGCCAUGGCUGCAGACACACAAACACACGAACGCGCACAGAUCUGGGAGUGCAAGUUUGUAUCACUCCGUGUUGACUGACCAGUCAGAGAGAUCUUUGUCGUUUCUUCACUCAGGCAUCUCAGGCGUCACCCCUGCCGCAGAUAACAGACAAGACUUGCGC